UAGAUAUCAUAGCGCGAACGACCACCAAAUGUCGAAUUAUGACUCCCCCGAUAGUUUCGGCGGCCAGUCAGAGGAUAGCCACAUCCUUAGAGCGACAGGCAGCAACGCGCGCGUAUGAGGAAUACGACUCACAGGAUGAUGAGAUGGAGGCGCAGCCAUGCGGAGUGGAAGAGGAGGACCUUACCACCGAUGAGGAAACGAAAACCCUGAGUAUCAUCCAGGGCCUGGACCAGAUACUGCAGAGAAUCGAUAUACAGCAGUGUCAGAUACGCAGGCAUCAGCAACUGGAGAAUAGUACCCAACACUCGGAAGCGACAGAGGACCAGAUCUCCUGUAGUGGCCUGAAUGCGAAGCAGUCGGCGAUUCGCUGCAUCCAACGUGCCCAGCAUCACAUCCAGUGCCAAAUAACCGAACUCCUGUGCCGCUACGAUGCUCUCCGGAAUAUGUUGACCAGCUUGAGCCAAACGUGGACCUGUCUGGAGCAACGGAUUGCCAAUAUUCGAAACCAGAACCUCGUCCACUUGGCCUGGACCGAGGAGUGUGCCAACGAUCUGAGCAAUUGCCAGCGCAGACAUCGCUCUCUGGCCGCCGUCAAACUCACCAAAAAGAUGGCCCUGCUCGUGACCAAGACCAACAUGUCCAGUGGUUUUCGCUAUAGCCGACGAUAUCUGCGACAUGCCCUAAUCGCUCGACAUAUCAACGACUUUCGCUAUGAGGUCGCCGAGUUGAAGGUUUUAAGCGAAGAAAUCUUCACCGAGAUCAAUGGGCGACUGGAUCAGAUCAAGAUGAAGGCUCAACAAUGCGGUGUCCAAAUCCCAACCACGCCGCGUCAAUCCAAUUUGAUCCCCCAGGAAACUGGCAACUCUGAGCUAACUGAGGAGCCCUAAUCAAAAAUUGAUGGAAAAAUAAACGAUGGGUGCAAGUUGCAACAGGAGGAAUACGACACAAUAAUCAUCAAAUAUUCACAACAAUAAAAAGGGAAUCAAUUACAUGCUGCACGUCAACGGGAGACGGAUUUCCCAAAGAAAAUUAU